AUGUCAGGAAAUUCAAAAGAUCGUAUUGCAGUAUUUCCAUCUCGAAUGGCUCAGACGGUAAUGAAAACUCGAUUAAGAGCUGCUCAAAAAGGUCAUAGCCUGCUGAAGAAAAAAGCUGAUGCUUUGAAUGUGCGUUUUCGUUCAAUUUUAGGAAAAAUUGUAGAGAAUAAAAACUUGAUGGGUCAAGUUUUGCGUGAGGCAAGUUUUUCUUUGGCAGAAGCUAAAUUCACUGCUGGAGAUUUUUCUCAUAUCGUCAUCCAGAACGUUUCUCGUGCCCAACAUCGUGUUAGAAUGAAAAAGGAAAAUGUAGUCGGUGUAUUUCUACCUGUUUUUGACCCAUAUACUGAUGGGCCAGAUACUUAUGACUUGACUGGUCUUGGUAAAGGUGGUGCAAAUAUUGCGAAGUUAAAAAAAAAUUACAAUCAUGCUGUUGAACUACUUGUUGAAUUAGCAACACUGCAAACAUGUUUUAUAACUCUUGACGAAGCUAUUAAAAUUACUAACCGACGUGUUAAUGCUAUCGAACAUGUAAUUAUACCAAGAAUUGAGAACACACUCCAGUAUAUCGUCACUGAACUAGAUGAAAUGGAGCGUGAAGAAUUCUUCAGGAUGAAGAAAAUACAAGCAAAGAAGAAAAAAGACCGUGCUGAAACCGAAAAUUUGAUUGCUGAAUCUAGGAGAAAAAUGGACGCAAAUGAUAUGCACUACGACAAUUAUCCACGGAAUAUUCUUGAACAAGAUGAUGACAUUCCAAUUUUGUUUGCAUAG